GCCCUUUAAAACGCCUAAAUAUUCUUUAGAGUCAUGAUAAAAUGAAUUUCUAUAUAAAAAAUGCCUAUAAAGCCUAUAGAACUAUUCAUUACAUCAACUUACAAUCUAUAGCUCAAUAUAAAGCACGAGUAUUCUCAAGUUUGACAGAAACGAAUAAGAAAUGCGAGAAUUGCUUGAAAAAUAGCAAUUCUUGGGAUCUUAUAUGUUCUUCAUGUUUAUUUCUUAUGAAAUUACCUUCUUCUAUUCAUUUUUAUAAAUUUUUCCCCAAAUCUCUUAAAGAACCACCUCCAGAAGGUGACUUUCAUAUUGAUACAAAAGAAUUACAUAAAGAAUAUCUAGAAAUUCAAAAAAAAGUACAUCCAGAUAUUCAUGCAAAGAAUGGAGACCAGCAAAGAAUGCUCGCUGAAUCUAUAACAUCAACACUAAAUACAGCUUAUUCAACACUUGUGGAUCCUGUAUCUCGUGCACAUUAUUUACUUUCUUUUUACAAUAUUUCUAUCUUAAAUGAGGACAAAACUAAUCAAGAUACUACAUUUUUUUCAAAAAUUAUGGAAUUGAAUGAAGAAAUAGAGAAUUUAGAAACUCAAAAUGAUAUACAAUCUAUAGAAAAGAGAAUCAAUGGGGAAAUUCAAAAAGAAAUUAUGGAAAUAAGAUCUGGAUUUAAAAUAUUGGAUUUUGAAAUUAUUAAACAAGCAACUAUACGACUUAAAUACUGGAAUAAUAUUAAACAUACAUUGUAUCAAAAGAAUUCUUUAUAGUUUUCUUUUAUAAAUGACUCUUAAAUAUUUUUAAUAUUCUUUUAAA